CAGAAGCGGCGACGCCUCCUCGGUGGCGUCCUCUUGCAAUUGCCCAGCUUUCGCCCAGCACAUUUGUGGUUUCCGUGGACAUAUUAGCAACCAAUGGUUUUAGCUCUCGGUCGCCCAAGAGUUGCCAAGGCGGUUAGAAGUCAUCUGAAAAGUCUUUUACCCUGAAUCGCUCUGAAUCAGAAGGCCACCUGAUUUCUCCUGCGGUACUUGGCAAGUUUGCACCUCCCUCUGGUCCUGGUCCAGGUGCAUGGAAAGCGCUAAGGAAGGACACGGGUGCCCAGCAGAGAGGAGAUGGUAAAGGCGUCCAGAGGAUAAACCUAAAGAUUGAACCUACAGACUAAGCUCAAAGAAGAAACUGAAAGUACACUGCCGGCUGAUCCUACGGAAGUUAUGGAAAAAGCAAAGCACAGAGCCAGGCUGUGAUGUGUGCCGCCCCUCCUGGGAUGGAUGAAACAACAGGCGCGGCGUGGGUGAAAGAAACCAGCUGCAGAGACUGGCCUGUUCAGCGCGGACUUGUGUCAACUCCGCGGAAGACCAUGGUCCUGGGAGUGAUUAUGGGUGAGAGCGUGCUCCUGUUGCAGUUGUGGUCAUCAUGACUACGCCCGCCUCCUGCAGACAAUGUUCCAUGUUUCUUUUAGGUAUAUCUUUGGAAUUCCUCCUUUGAUCCUUGCUCUGUUACCAGCAACUUCAUCUGAUUGUGAUAUUAAAGGUAAAGAAGGUAAAGAAUAUGAGAAUAUUCUAGUGAUCAGCUUCAAUGAAUUGGACAGAAUGAUAGAAGUUCAUAGCAACUGUGUGAAUAAUGAAUCUAACUUUUUUAAAAGACAUUCAUGUGAUGAUACAAAGGAAGCUGCUUUUCUAAAUCGUGCUGCUCGCAAGUUGAACCAAUUUCUUAAAAUGAAUAUCAGUGAGGAUUUCGAUCUCCACUUAUCAAGAAUUUCACAAGGCACAUUAAAAUUGUUGAACUGCACCAGCAAGGAAGAAAAACCUUUAAAGGAACAGAAAAAGAAUGACCCAUGUUUCCUAAAGACAUUACUACAAAAGAUAAAAACUUGUUGGAAUAAAAUUUUGAGGGGUAUUAAAGAACACUGAAAACUAUGGAGUGGCAAUAUAGAAACAUAAACAUCUUUCAAGAAUUGAUCUGCUUAUGCAGUUUUUCAGGAUAGAAAACCUCCUAGAAGUUACUGAAUGCAUUCUGGUAAGAGUGAUUGGAACAAUUGAGAAAUCCAUAUUGUAGUACCCGGAGAUGGACAUAAACAAUGAAAGCUGAAUGCUGCACAUCAACAAAAGUUUCAUAUUCAUGUGGACGUAUGUCAUUUGGUAUUGAGACUAUACCAAUUUUGAAAGACAAUCAUGUAAGGUAUUGGUUGCAAUAAUACUUUCUAAACCUGUGUAAAUAUUUCAGGAGAAAACAUCAAAUCUAUGAAGAAUAUAAAGGUUUUAAAGAUUCAAAAUUAAAACUUUUAUUACCAAAGCAAUUCAGUGACCCACUGUGCAUCCAUGUACUGUAUUAUGAGUGUAAAUUUUCAUCUUUUGUAAUGGAGAUGUUUUAGGGUUAACAUUGAUGUAUGGAUAAUGCUCAGAGAACAAGAGUAUCCUACAUUUUGAAAAACGGCAUCAUAAAGAAGUUCAAGAUACUUAAGAGAGAUCUCAAGAGACAUAAUUAAAUAUGAAUGUAUAACACAGUGCCUUCAAUAACAGUAUAGCAAAUCUUCUUAAAUGAAAAUAAAGGAUACUUUCAAAAAAUAGAAAUUCACUUACUCUAAGGAUGCUAAACCUUAGUACUGAGUAACUUUUAUCAUUUGUGUAUAAUAAAACUUGUCUUAAUGAGUUUUCAAUUUGGGAAGUAUAUUUUAGAGAAUAAUAUAUGUUAGUCUUUUAAUUAAUGGAUUGUAUAUAUUUAAUUUUUGACAUUAUAUAUCUUUAUAUAAAAUAUUUUCAUACAGUAUUGCAAAUUUCUUACUUUGUGCCUACUUUGGAUAAUAUUUCUCCUUUGAUAAGAAACAACCUAUGUGUUAACACUGUCAGAUUCACUUAAUCUCCAGAAAAUGUUUCAUACUCCAUCACUGUCUGAUCUUCCCCCACUUUUCUUGAAUGCAUGACCUUUAAUAUCUUAUUUCUAAGAAUCAGAAUGAGAACAGGUCCCCAAAACUCUAAGUAGGAACACUGUUUUUUAUGUUAAAUUCUAGUCUUUUAAAAGAAACAUUUUGUGUCCUGUUUAGAUCCUGUUUAGAAAAGUCUACAAUCAGCCUUCACUCCAUUAAAAAGGGAAAUGAAAACACCAGGCAGACCAAGGCCCCCAAACAACUGCCAGUAUGUAUUUUACUAAAUUCACAAUCUUUGUGACCUUUCACAGCUUUGUUGCCAUCUAGUUAUGUGCUGACUGAUGCUGUUUGAUGUACAGAAAAUACUCCAGUGACACCCUCAUUAUGUGGUGACAUAUCUUCUUUCUCCUCAUUUUACCCAGCCCAUAUGGAGAUUCAUGCUCAAUGAAACAAAUAGCUGAAUAGAAUUGUAUAGUCCCUUGCAUAUAAUUUGUUGUAAGGCCCCAUUUACAGAAAUUUGAGUCUUUUUUUUUUUUUUUUUUUCUGUUCAAUUAUCACUGUUUACUCCAGAAAAGGGACUGGACCAAACUUGUUAGAAUUCCUCACAAAAAUUUCCUUUUCAGAUGGCCCUACGUAGGCUGUAGCCACAGUAAAACAUGGUAAACCAUGUGGUAUUCCUCUACCUUGAUGAACGGGUGCUGUUGUUAAGCCAUCAAGUACAGGAGAAGAGAUUUACUUUUCUAGAGGCAAACUUUUAAAAGGCUGUUUAUAAUGUUCCCUAACAGUGCUAAAAAAAAAAAAAUAUUUAAGACUGUGGCUAAAUAAGGGAAUUUUUUUAAAAAAAAAUACUUAUUAAAAGAAUUGUUAUAAUCUUCUUCCUUGUUUUUUUAUUUUAGAGAAAACUCAGACUCAAAAAAAUUUGUGCUAAAUGGUUGGAAAAAACUACCCAUAUAUUUAUGGUUGUAUUUCCCUUCUCAUUUUGUCCUAGCCACUAGCAAAGUAGAUAUAAGUGAGGGGUUCAUUAAUAAUGAUCUUGGAUAUUUAAUUUUUAUUAGUCCUAAUUCCCCAAUUAUAGAGACUCAUCUCAAUGAACAUUUUCUUUGAAAUAUGUAUAUAGGUGGCUUUAAAUCAGCAUUUUCUCAGU